AGAUGCCGAGACUCGAAAGUCAAGCUGCUACGGCUGCACUUGGUAGAAUCUAUAUGGCAUUAAAUCAAACCAUGGACUGUUGUAAUGCUAUCCCCUACUAGUCCCUGUCAAGUCUGCAAAUGCCACGACUAAUACAUCCUCCACUAAUGCUUCCGCGACCCCGAGACGAUCAUUCAGAGAGACAUCCACAUUCAAUGUACCUGUCCACCAAAGCAACCAAGGCCAUUGUAUUCGCGUCCCCAGUUAUCAUGACCCAUGUUAUCGCGAUCAUUUCUUGGAACCGGCAUUUGUCCCAAAAGUCCCAGCGGAUGCUCCAACAAAUGCUCCAGCAAAUGCUCCAGCUAAUGCUCCAGCGAGUGCCCACCAGGCCCCAGUAAGCACCCUAGUUUUACCCCGUUCCCCAUGGAGCCAAGACCGUCUUGCCAUAGCGUCUCAGUGGAGAAUGCAGUGCACAGCCCAGUCGGUCGAGGGGCAGAGGGGCGGCUGGGGAAUCCUCGGGUAUCUGGAGGGACGUGUGCAUGCGGCUGCUGCAGUAUAGUGCCAGUUAUAAAGAAGUAUCUGUGUUUUUGUCGUUUUAUGCCCGUCGGCCAUCUGCUGUCAGGCUUCCCACUCAGUUCAUCACAAUGCUUGAAGAAUUCCCUGUAUCGGUUCUGUUUUUGGGGCUUGUCUUGACUGGAUAUCUGGUUUACAAUUAUUUGAUUUUCCCAACUCCUCCUUCUGUUGCCAAGUUGCAGUUUCUCAACACUUCGCCUGGCGAAUGGUUUCCUUACCUCAAGGCGCUCUACCGCAACACUUUGGAUCUAAAAAAGACUCUCUACCUGCACCACACAGAGCACAAGAAUGAGACGGUCCGCGUCCCCAUCCUCGGCCCCGGCCAGGACAAGUUGAUUCUGCUGCCUUCUUCCCAGAGGAAAUGGCUCGUGGACCAGCCCGACUCUGCCGUGAGCAUGCACGAGCAGACCACCAACCACUUUCAAUGGAACUAUGGCACCAUCUAUCCCACCCGAGAUCACAACAAGGUCCCCAUCCACAUCAUCGCCACCAAGCUCACCCGGGAGAUUGGAAACCUGAUCCCCACCCUCUCCGAGGAGCUGGAUCUCGCACUGGCCAAGCACUGGGGAGACGAAAACUCCAUCGGCGACGAGUGGAAGGAGGUGGGCGUUUAUGAUACCCUGCGGCCCAUCAUCAGUCAGGCCAUCAACCGCAUCUUUAUCGGAGAGCGGCACUGCCGAAACGAUGCGGUUCUCGACGCUGGCUUCUCGUACGCCAAGGUCAUCCCGCUCGAGGCCAACAUUCUCUGGCUGAUUCCCAACCCGCUGCGGCGUCUCUUGGCACCUCUGAUCACCCUGCCGUCCCGCUGGUGCGAGAGGAGAUGGUUCAAUCUCACCGUCGACGAGGUCAACAAGAGGCUCGCAGCUAGAGGCCACGGCAAAGAACCAGAAAAGCACUCCGGGGAGCUCGAACAAGGACCCAAGAACGACUUUCUGGCCUGGCUCAUCGAGUACGGCGAAGCCCAGGGCGACCCGUACCUGUUGGACCCCGAGGUGCUCUCCGCACGCAUCCUGCUCCUCAACGCCUUUGCCCUGCACACCAACGUCUUUGCCAUCGUGCACAUGAUCCUCGAUAUCGUGGGCGCCGGCGUCGAGCAAGGGUCCAAGAUGGUGGCGGAGCUGCGGCAGGAGAUCCACGAGGUGCGGGCCGCGCACAGCGAGGACGACGGCUGGAACAAGCGGUCGCUGGCCAAGCUGGAGAGGCUGGACAGCAGCUUCCGCGAGAGCCAGCGCGUCAACACCAUCCUGAGCCUGGGCCCGCUGCGCAUCGUCGGCCGCGACGGCGUCACCACCCCCUCGGGCGUGCACGUCCCGCGCGGCUACCAGGUCGGCAUCCCGGCCUACUCGAUCCACUUCGACGCGGACAUCUACGGGGCCGACGCCGAGGCCUUCAAGCCGUUCCGCUUCUACGACAGGAGGCGGGACGCGCGGGUCACGGGCGACAGUCUCAGGGGCGCCAGGCAGGCGUGGGCCACCACGUCGGCGGACUACCUGUCGUUCGGGGCGGGGUUGAACAGCUGCCCGGGGAGGUUCUUCGCGUCGGGCAUGCUCAAGGUGCUCAUGGCCAACAUCCUGAUGCGGUAUGAUUUUGAGUUUCAGGACAAGAGGCCGGGCAAUCUGUGGUUCGGGACCAACCACAUCCCGCCGAUGGGGGCAAAGAUGAGGAUCAGGAGGAGGCAGCUGUAGAUCGACCGAGCAACACAGGCAAGGGUCGAGUUUCGUCCAUAGCAGAAAUAACGUUGCGUACCCCCCUGUUCGGCACCCCCCCUGUUCGGCACCCAAAAAUAACAACACUUUUAUUUUUAUCCUCCAACUUCUAUUAUAAAUAUCUCGA